AUGGCUAGUGAACAUAUCCGCCCAGUUCACCCUACUCAGAACCCGAGCAGAGACCCUAAGACCAUGGCUCAAGAGAAAGAGUCAACAUCGUCCACGCCUCCAGCUACUCACAAUGAGAUCUUCAAUCACCAUCAUCACCAUCCCCACGAUUACCGACACACUACCGUAGACGGGCAGCCAGCAUUCGCUGAGCAUGGCGCGCUCGUCGAUCACAAAGUCCCCCAGGAGGACCUCGUCCAGGCAGAACCUGAUCUCCUGUGGAGCAGGGUCCGUCAUUUCUGCCGCGAGCCAUUCUCGGAGUUCUUUGGUGUCUUCAUCCUGAUAUUGUUUGGCGAUGGAGUGGUUGCUCAGGUCGUCCUCAGCGGUGGUACCAAGGGUGACUAUCAAUCCAUCUCGUGGGGCUGGGGACUUGGAGUCAUGCUCGGCGUGUAUACAAGCGGCAUAUCAGGUGCACAUAUCAAUCCGGCGGUGACUUUUGCCAAUUGCGUUUUCCGGAAGUUCCCAUGGCGUAAAUUCCCUAUAUAUGCGCUUGCACAAAUCCUCGGGGCCAUGUGUGCUUCGGGGGUGGUAUAUGCGAACUACAAAUCGGCUAUCGACGUCUUCGAGGGCGGUCCGAACAUCAGAACAGUUCCUGGAUACUCUGAAACAGCAUCAGCAGGGAUAUUUUGCACUUACCCAGCCGAGUUCAUGACGAAGACCGGACAAUUCUUCUCCGAAUUCAUUGCCAGCACAAUCUUGAUGUUCCUGAUCUAUGCUCUUAAGGAUGAUGCCAAUCUGGGGGCUGGUAACCUUGUUCCACUAGGGCUGUUCUUCGUCAUCUUUGGCAUCGGUGCUUGCUUCGGUUGGGAGACCGGCUAUGCCAUAAACCUCGCUCGAGAUUUCGGACCCAGACUGAUGUCGUAUAUGCUGGGGUAUGGCAUGAAUGUGUGGCGUGCUGGAGACUAUUAUUUCUGGGUUCCCAUGGUGGCGCCGUUCUUUGGAUGUACAUUCGGAGGCUUCCUAUACGACGUCUUCCUCUUCACUGGCGAAUCGCCGAUCAACACUGAAGCUCUCGGUUUAGCAAGGCUGCUACCUCAGCGAUGGAACCGGAAGACGUGGUCGAACACCUAUGAUUCUUCCGUCUAG